AUGCUUUUGCUCUCUUCCCUACUUUGUGUCUUAGCUGGCUAUGUUUCUGCUUUUUUAGUAGAAACGUCAAGUCUUACAGAUCUCUAUCCUCCACUUUGGAAGGAAUGUCCUGGCCAACUCAGUGACUAUAGAGUAGAGGAUGGGGUGUACACCAUUAAUCCAUGGCUAUAUCCUGAAAGAAUGGGGAUGUACAAAACCUUGAUUACAGUUACAGCUGAAUAUUUUGAAAGAUUUGCACCAAAUAAUGCAGCAAACAUCUUAUGGGGACUACCUCUGCAGCAUGGAUGGCAAUAUGAAACAGGCAGAUUAGUUGAUCCUACCGGUGAGACUGAGUGUGGCAGGGAAAAUGGAGACAAUACAUGCAUUUCUGUGGACAGCUGGUGGGCUUGCAUGAAUUACUAUCUAAGUGCACUACCCUUCUUUGGUGCAGUUGAGGCUGGAGUAUUAGGGAUCUCGUCAGACCAAGUGAAACUUUCACCACCACCAAAGGACCAGAUGUAUUUCUGUUAUAAUGUUACUGCUUGCCGUUCAUUCUUCCCAGAUGCUAUGAUAAAAUGGAAUACAUUUUUUCAGCAAGCAAGGGAAACUUCUAAAAGCCUGGAUGACUUACUGAAAUACUUAUGGGAUGCACACAUAGCAAGCCUUGAAGUGGCCAGAAGCAUUUUUGACAAUAGAAAGCUAUAUUUCUCCAAACCAGAGUUAGAUUUUGCAAAAAGUUGGUCAAAUACUGUGGAUUAUAUUGCAACAAUCAACUUUGAAACAACUUUGAAGAAAACAGCUAAAUUCCAGAAGUAUCUGCCCCCAAGACUGCUCAAGUCUGGUGACCAUCCCCUCUUCAUUAAGGAUUUCACUGAUUCCCAGAAUAGAAUCUUGUUUUUGAUUAAUCUUAUACACAAAAUAGAUGAUGAUUCAGGACACAAAUUUUUGUCUUUCUUCAGAAAUUUAAUGAAGUCUGAAUAUCUAAGGAAGAUGGUAAAUGAUUUAAUGGAACAGAUUAGUCAAAACUAUAAUAUAUCUCCUCAGGAAUUGGAUAUUAUUUUUUCAGAAUACAUAUGA